GGUCAAGCGCAGCUGAGCUCUCGCGAGCUUCGUUGUCUGUUUUCACAACAGAUCAUAUUUAAUUUUUUUUAACGAAAACGUUAUACAGUUGUCUAAAAUAGGUAUAUAUCUGCCCCCGGGCAACCAUAUAUAGGCGCUGCAAAGAAUGCUGGCUACAGGAGCAGCUGUAACCACGGCGCUGGCGCAAGUGGAUAGGGAAAAGAUUUACCAGUGGAUCAACGAGCUGUCCAGCCCGGAGACCCGCGAGAAUGCGCUACUUGAACUCAGUAAAAAACGCGAGUCCGUGCCGGAUCUAGCUCCGAUGCUAUGGCACUCUUGUGGAACUAUAGCUGCUCUCCUGCAGGAGAUUGUCAACAUUUAUCCCUCAAUAAACCCUCCAACCCUGACCGCUCACCAGUCAAACAGAGUAUGCAACGCCCUAGCACUUCUGCAGUGUGUAGCCUCACAUCCUGAGACACGGUCUGCAUUUUUGGCAGCUCACAUACCUCUGUUCCUGUACCCCUUCUUACACACUGUCAGCAAAACACGACCAUUUGAGUACCUCCGACUUACCAGCCUAGGAGUCAUCGGUGCCUUGGUCAAAACAGAUGAGCAGGAGGUGAUUAAUUUUCUGUUGACAACAGAAAUCAUUCCACUGUGCCUUCGCAUUAUGGAGUCUGGCAGCGAAUUAUCUAAAACGGUUGCUACUUUUAUACUACAGAAAAUUCUCCUUGAUGACACAGGGCUGGCAUACAUUUGCCAAACGUAUGAACGCUUUUCCCAUGUGGCCAUGAUACUUGGAAAAAUGGUCCUUCAACUCUCCAAAGAGCCGUCUGCUCGUCUUCUGAAACACGUUGUUCGUUGUUACCUGCGCCUUUCGGACAACUCCAGCCCCCACACCAGAGCUCGAGAGGCCCUCCGUCAGUGUCUACCAGACCAGCUGAAAGACACCACGUUUGCCCAGGUCCUGAAGGACGACACCACUACCAAACGCUGGCUGACACAGCUGGUGAAGAACCUGCAGGAAGGCCAAGUCACAGAUCCACGAGGCAUCCCCCUGCCUACACAGUAACUCCCCCCACGUCUCCCGAGCUGCACGAUUGUGCUAACUUUCCCAAGAUUCCCCGGUUUUCCGAGACCUUCCUGGAAUCAGGAUGCAAUAAUCAGAAAAUCCGGGCAUUUUCUUCCUGGGAUUUCUACAAAACAUGGGAAUUUUGCCAAGGUAACUGUAUUUCACAUACAACUGCACUGAGUGAUACCCACCAGCAAGGACCCAGCUUCCAGAAACAAGAAGAUGCCUCCACUUGGAGUGACAGACCCAUAAAGGGGAACCUCUGUAUUGACUGAAAAGUCUUUUCUUAACAGCUCUUUUUUUUUUUUACAUUUUGUUUUAUAUAAUAAAAUGAAUUCAGGGCUAUGGUUGACGAACCUGCCUGCUUGCCCAAAUGUGUGUGGAUGUUUUUCAGUCUCUCCAAAUGUAUGUUUUAUGUUUUCUCAAGGACAUUUGAAGUCUUCAUUUCACUGUGUUCUGAAAUUGAAGUAGCCUGUACAAUAAAACGUUACAUCUUGGCAUAUGCAAUACUUUGCUUUGUAUAAUACC